CGCGGAGAACUCGAGCCGCCACGUUUCGCCACCCCCUCAACGGAUCGCUGGCCGUGGAAUCCUCGGCUCGUCCGGGCAGCGGGCGGGGUCCUAACGGCUGCGCGGCGCGGCGGCCUGGAGCGCAGCGGGCCGCGUCCCUGUGAGGGGCUCCCCGGCGGCCGCCCCGGAGCAGCACCGAGGCGCACGUGGCCCCGGUGAUGGGCGGUUGAGCGGCGCCGGAGGAGCCAACCGCAGUUUUCCCCGGUCUGGAUGGUGGGUUCGCAGGAAGCAUUUCGCUGAAGAGGAAUUGAAGGACGAGUGGCGUCUUAGAAGAGCGGAGAAAUGGAGGAGAAUGACAAGGAUGUCACCCCGUACCUCAUCUUUGCCACGAGUAUCGCGGCCAUCGGCUCUUUCCAGUUUGGCUACAACACUGGAGUUAUCAACGCUCCCGAGAGGAUCAUAAGGGACUUUAUCAACUAUACUUUGGAUGAGAAGUUAGAAGAACCUCCCGGCCGUAUCCUGCUCACGAAUCUGUGGUCCUUGUCCGUGGCCAUCUUCUCCGUGGGCGGCAUGAUUGGCUCAUUUUCCGUGGGGCUCUUUGUCAACCGCUUUGGCAGGCGCAAUUCGAUGCUGAUCGUCAACCUGCUGGCUGUCAUCGGCGGCUGCCUCAUGGGGUUCUGUAAGACGGCCGAGUCGGUGGAGAUGCUGAUCCUGGGCCGCCUGGUGAUUGGUGUCUUCUGCGGGCUCUGCACGGGUUUUGUGCCCAUGUACAUUGGGGAGAUUUCGCCCACUUCCCUGCGCGGGGCCUUUGGGACCCUCAACCAGCUGGGCAUCGUGGUCGGGAUCCUGGUGGCUCAGAUCUUCGGCCUGGAGGCCAUCCUGGGGUCUGAAGAGCUGUGGCCUGUGCUCUUGGGCUUCACCAUCAUUCCCGCCAUCCUCCAGAGUGCGGCCCUUCCGUUUUGCCCUGAAAGCCCUAGGUUCCUGCUCAUUAACAGACAGGAAGAAGACAGCGCUAAGAUGGUCCUCCAGCGGCUGUGGGGCACCCAGGAUGUGGUCCAGGACAUCCAGGAGAUGAAAGAGGAGAGCAUCCGGAUGUCACAGGAGAAGCAGGUCACGGUGCUGGAGCUCUUCCGGUCCCCCAGCUACCGCCAGCCCAUCAUCAUCUCCGUCGUGCUGCAGCUCUCCCAGCAGCUGUCCGGGAUCAAUGCUGUGUUCUAUUACUCGACAGGAAUCUUCCAGGACGCCGGGGUCGAGGAACCCAUCUACGCCACUAUCGGCGCAGGGGUGGUUAAUACCAUCUUCACCGUGGUCUCUGUGUUUCUGGUGGAAAGAGCCGGGAGGAGGACUCUGCACCUGAUAGGCCUUGGAGGCAUGGCUGUCUGUUCGGUCCUCAUGACUAUUUCUUUACAAAUGAAGACUACGUAUGAUUUCAUGAGCUUAGUCUGCAUUGCCGCUAUCUUGAUCUACGUGGCUUUCUUUGAAAUUGGACCGGGCCCCAUCCCCUGGUUUAUUGUGGCUGAACUCUUUAGCCAGGGACCACGCCCAGCUGCGAUGGCGGUGGCUGGUUGCUCCAACUGGACCUCCAACUUCUUGGUUGGACUGCUGUUCCCCACAGCCAUAGACUAUUUAGAUGCCCAUGUUUUCAUCAUCUUCGCUGUCUUUCUCGUCAUCUUCUUCGUCUUCACCUUCUUCAAAGUUCCUGAGACCCGAGGCAGGACUUUUGAGGAUAUCACACAGGCCUUUGAAGGGCAGGCUGUGGAGGCCAACAAGUUAGGGAAGAGCUCGGGGAUGGAGAUGAACAGCGUCCAGCCCACCGAGACCACCACACACGUCUAGGGCGCGCCUCCCUCUGCCUCCCUCCUGACCCACGGAACAGGAACCUCUCCCGACUCGAGG